AACACACAAGCCACAAGCACACAUACACACAAGCACACAUACAGAAAACACAUUGAGGCACUUCCUUAAUUAGUCUUAGCUGUUAUAGGACGUUAACUCAUUCACCCCUGACAUUUCCAAAAUGACAUAUUCCAACCUUUGAAUUGGAAGAGUUUAAAGGUGUCUUCAGGGGUGAAGGACUUAAACAAAAUAAAUCCAAACCAAACCAACUUCUAACCUAUUUCUGCUUCCUAGUUUGUAUAUUUCUUUUUCAGAUAACGAUUGCAUCCAGGAAUAAGACAUCUCAUAUAUUCCUUUCUAUCGUUCUAGCACUGUUCUAGUCAAUUAGUCAAAAGACCGUCUCACUUUGAAAGGAAAAUGUCAAAUACAGCAGUUAGAUCAAAAGUCGCCACAUAUUGCAACUACAUGUAUUGGUAACAUGAUUAUCAAUUCAUCGAAUGAAAAGAUCACUCAGAACACUUGCCGGUUAUAUUUUGUUGCUUUCAUCUUAAUAAAAAACAAAAAUCAAAGAAGUCCCGCAAGGUACGACUUUCUAUUCAGAAAUGCGUAUUAACAGUUUUUGGCAGGGCACUGGGAUCCUUAAGUAAUGAAGUUCCUUAACUUUUGCUUUGACAAUAACUUUCCGGAUUAGUAAGAACGACCCGGUCAGGUUACCUAACACAAACGGAAAUCUGUCCCAAAAUGGAUUUGCGAGAAAUACCCGAAGUCGUUUCGCGUUCGUAUUAGCUAGAAUGACUCGAAGUGUGUUUCCGAAGUCUACCGCCGGUCGGAUUAUCUAGAUAGACUCGAAGUCUGUUCCCAGUCGGAUUAGUGAGAACGUAGAUAGAGCGAAUCAAAGUCUGUUUCUAGUCAGAUUAGUGAGAACGUAGUUAGAGCGAAUCGAAGUCUGUUUCUAGUCAGAUUAGUGAGAACGUAGAUAGAGCGAAUCAAAGUCUGUUUCUAGUACGUAGAUAGAGCGAAUCGAAAUCUGUUUCUAGUCGGAUUAGUGAGAACGUAGAUAGAGCGAAUCGAAGUCUGUUUCUAAUCGGAUUAGUGAGAACAUAGAUAGAGCGAAUCGGAGUCUGUUUCUAGUCAGAUUAGUGAGAACGGCUUGAAGUGUGCUUUUCGGUCGGAUAAGGGAGAAAGGGACAAAGCCUGGUCCUCUAUAUACUCCUUAUACGUACCAAGGCAAACAUAACACAGCACCUUAAUAGCAAAUAGCUGCUCGACCGAUAGCACGGAUGGAGUCGGCAUUUAUUCAUAAAUAUGAUAUGAAUAUAAUGAAUACGCAUUAACAAAAUAACUACUCUGACUUCAUUUACCGUACACACAAACAGUCCUCCCACAUAUACCCUCGAAUGGUUCAUAGCCAUACAAAUGUAAAACCAAGCGCGCCACCCAACCUGAAAACCUUAUUAGGCGCGACAGGAGGUGAACCAUCCCGACAAUGCUUAAGUAUUUUUUACAAAAUUGAUGCUGGGAUUUCUUAAAUAUGACGAUGCCCACACAUACAAAUGUUAAAUGUAUUGUCUACACCGAAUACAUUUCCUGUAACCUUUGACCCCUGUCGCUUUCUCGUUUACACAAGUGACAAUACGCGCGACCGAGGCGACACACUUUUUCACGAUCGAUAACACAAUAUUAAUACAAGCUAGUGUGGACGGACAGGCGAACAACGGCUCGCUGUGAUUUCUGUUGGUCACCAGACGCAGCUUUUCUGUUUGGCGUGUACGGCCGAUGUAUUCUUGGUAGGAGUCACAGUCCCCAGGGUGAUGCGGACUCGUUGUUGGAGGUUAUGGGCUCGACACUCCGCAUUCCCGAACCCCCGGGCAAUCGCCCUGUGGCUGGUGGUUGGCACUGGCCUACUGUACUACUCUCUCUCCUCCCUGUAUGACUUCCUGUAUCCAACACCGAAUCGGUCCAUGGUGCUGGUGGUGGCGUACAUGCGCAGUGGGUCCAGUUUGGUGGGAGACAUUCUACAGCAACACCAGUCUAGUUUUUACGUGUUCGAGCCCCUCCGGGCCGCCACGGAUCUCGUCAGCAACAACCAGUCGUUAACUUUCUAUAACAACUCCGUCAGAAGAUAUACGUCCAGUGAGGAGAUAGUGCACCUCCACGCAGACCUCCUCUAUAAUUGGUUCACGUGCAAUUUCACCAACCUUGACCUUGGCUCUCUGACAUCAGAUUACCUCAGAUUCUACAGUUCCUCCACACUCCCCUACUACAAUUGUCUUCAGUGGCACGGACGUGACGUCAACUCCGUCAAGUAUUGCCUUGGUUACCUGCAAUCCUACUGUGCACACAGGGAACUUAGAACGAUUAAAACCAUUCGUCUCAACUUGGAGACCGUCGACCUUCUGCUCGGACGGUUACCAAGGUUACGGGUGAUACACCUUAUAAGAGACCCACGUGCAAUAAUACAUUCAAGAGUUCGCGUUAAACUUCUAACGUGGGGAAAUAUUCGACAAGAAGCUACCGAACUUUGUGCCAAAAUAUCAACAGAUAUUCUGUUAUCUAUUAAAUUGAAACAUCAACAUCCAGAAAGAUUUAAUUUGCUUUUAUAUGAACACCUUGCGGAACGUCCCGAAGUAAUAGCCGACAGGAUAUACACCUUUGCGGGGCUAAACAUGACAGCAUACGUUAUGAGAUACGUGCAAUAUUUGACAAGAUACGGACGGCGCCUGGAAUGUUUUUGGUGUACACAGAGGGGUAACUCUAACCGGACAGCCAAACUGUGGCGGGUAUACACGCCGUACUCGCACAUCCGGACUAUCGAUGCAGUCUGUGGUAUGGUAUACCACGUGGUCGGGUACCAACCAAUCACUGACGAGAAAGCACAGCUUCGUAACCUGUCAAAUCCGCUACGGAAAAUUGUCGACUUUACUGUUGGGUCAUUUUAAUGGGACAAAUUAAAGUUAUGUGC